GGAAAUGUGCUCCGCGGCAGCAGCGGCCAGAGGGAGCCCCGCGCAGCACCCCGCGAGCUGACAUGAGCGCCCCGCGCGCCGCCUGCCUCGGGGUCCUGGGCCUCGCGCUGGGCCUGGCCACCCACCAGGGUAGUGGUCAAGACUCAGAAGAGUCAGAAGAUGGUACCCAGGAACAUAACAAAACCAGUGAAGAGACUAUAUCAAGCACAAUUACUGCGGUGACCCCGGAAGUAUUUCUUGCAGAAACAAAUUCUACCCACCUUGGAGAGGACUCAGAUCAGUUAGAGUUUACGCUCAUGGUGCUGAUCCCACUGAUUUUAUUGGGCGUCGUACUGGUAUCGCUGACACUCCUUGCAGCAUACUAUAAAAGAAAGAGAAAUAAACAAGAGUCUUCUAGCCAAGGAUCUCAAAGUGCUUUACAGACAUGUGAACUGGGCGGUGAAAACCUCAAAGUCCCUAUUUUCGAAGAGGACACGCCUUCUGUUAUGGAAAUAGAGAUGGAGGAGCUUGACAAAUGGAUGAACAGCAUGAACAGAAAUGCCGACUGUGAAUGUUUGCCCACCCUGAAGGAGGAAAAGGAAUCGAACCACAACCCGAGUGACAGUGAAUCGUAGCUCCAAAAGGUACUCAUAUUUUCCAUGAGAAGUCGCCCCCGGAGGGAGCCUGCUGGGCCUGCCCACGGAGGACGGAGAGCAUGCAGCUUAAUGAAUUUCAGAUCCACAUGAACAGAUGAACUGUCGCCAUGUCUUGUCCGCAUCUCCUGUCCCCUGUCGUCCUCAGAGCUGCUCAGGGCUGAGGAGGAGCCACAGAGGGCCUGGUCUUCCCUGUGAGCGGCCCCCUCCUCCGAUACCCCAUCUCACACAAUCUGCCCCUCCGCUUGUUACCUUGCUCCUUCAUUCCUCAGGGUUUAAAUCAGGAAGCCGUUGUAUCUAUGGCUUCCUUCUGGGUCAGCUUAUAACCUAAGCAGCUUUGGAUCAUUUCCUCUCACUAUUCAAGAGCUCUGACAAGCUCUUCCUCCAUUCAGCAAGACCUUGGCUCCAGGAGGGGGAGGUCCCCGGGAGGACCAGGCCAAGUGUGGGUCUCAAUGUCUACACCACCCCCGGGCAGCUCGCUUGCUGUCACCAGCUGAGAACAUCAGGCGACAGAGUACGCAGUCCUGAGGAGAUGGCAUUGCGUCACUCAGACUGACGCAGCCGCAGCCUGGCCGCCUUUGGGGAAUUCUCGAGGAACUAGAAAGCUUCCAGAACGAACCAAUGGUUUCUUGCUCGGUUAAAAUCGCCCCUGCUGGCGACCCUCCCCAGCACUUUCGCCUUUCCUCACAGGCUCCUGGCCUGUCGAUGUGGGUAGCAGGUGGGUGCAGGCAGGAGUCAUUUGUGACCUUCUUAUUCAGAGGUCUUUGCACUCUUUUGCAACCAGGCGGGAAAGGGGGCUCUCUGUACCCUUGUCGGGUGCAGCUGUGCUGCCGCGCGUUCUUUCCUGCCAGGCUGGGACAUGCCUUUUCCCAGCAUCCCAUGAGGUUGCUGUCAGUGCGCCAGUGGUGACCUUCUGCUGUAUUGGUUGAUGUUCUUUUGCUCAAAGGAAUGGUGUGAAAUACACAAGGACCCAUAAGACCGCGUCCCUCGCAAAAAUCUGUUUCUGCUGAAUCCUUAGUUUUCUGAUUCUCACUUUAAAAAAAUAAUUCAAUGAAUGGAGAGUCCUCAGCUUUGUUAGGACCCUUGAUAUUUUAUUCCAAGAAAGACACAAAAACUGAAGACUUUAUUUAUUUUGCUAGUUGCCUCUGAUCUGAGAGGAGAGGAAGUUAACCGGACCUUCGCUGCUGAAUGGGAUUGUGGAAAGGCUGCCUUGGUGCAUAACAGAAGCCCCUCUCCUGCCUUCUACCAAUCCACAAAGCAAGUGCUUGCUUUCUGAAGUAUGCAGAUAAUUUUAAAGGCAGAGUUUCAGGCCAAAGAGGUCUCUCCAUCCAAUUGAACAGUCCCAUUAUCUGGCUGUGUUUAACUACUGCUGUCAUGCUCCCGUGGGGAGCACAGAGCUUUGCCAAAAGGCAGUCACCCUGGCCAACCACUGGAACAGAGCUGUCUGUCAGCUUCACGUCAGCACGUCCUUACACGGCUCUUUACAUUCAUCACUGUUUUGCAUACUCAUAAAUCACCUUAUGAUCCAGAAAGACUCUUGGACAUUUAUGCCAAAAUGGAUGUCUCCUGAAUCGUCAUAUCUUAUCUCUUUUAUAUGUGUGUUUGCCAUUUUAAGUUGGUUUCUCUUUCUCAGAAGAGUCUCAGUUUGCUUUUCUGGGUAUCUAAGAUCUUUGCUGAACACUCAGGCCUUUAACCUUGAUAUGACCUUAUCAAAUAAUGAACUCUGGACAUUCUCAGAAGUAUAAGACGGGGUCCUGGAAUCUCAUUUGAUAAAAAUUGUGUGAUAUAAAAUAUUUCUUUCAGUGUUUUAAAUAACUUCAAAUUCCAGAGGAAACAAACCUCAGCAAAGUACCAUUGAGUUUAUAUCUGAGAAAUGUACAGAUGUCUAUAAGUUACUCUUUAGACAGGUAUUUAUUCUGGAAAGUUCCAUGGAGUUAGUGUGGGUGAAAACAGCCAGUAAACAACCCUAGCACCCAGACAUCUUUUUAUUACUGUCCAAUUAGUGUGUACAGUGAGUGCAUUACAAUUUGAAGAGUUGCUUCCAAUGAAACUUAAUUUUAUGUUUCAGAUUUUAUGUUCAGUAAAACAAUGUUAUUAAUUUACCCUAAUUGGAGAGCCAAUGAGAGUAUAAUCUGACUUUAACAUAGUUUAAUGAGAGAAGUUUUAUUGCAUUUUUGUCCCUCUAAGCAGACCAUGUUAAGGACACUGCCCAGUGAACCCCCCCAGGAAGCUGUUGUAGUGUAUGAAUGCUGACUUGUGACUCCCCUCUGGGGCGGCAUCCACAACCAAGCACAAAGCCUGCAUCAGUCCUGACAUUGUGGAGCAGCAAGUGCUCCCUCUGACUUCCGUAGCAGUGGGAAUAAUGUCAACAUAAAUGCGUGCUUUUGAAAAAUACUUUUUAAAAAAUUUUUGGUGGUUUAACCCAUCAAUUUAUGCUACCUGUGGGAAAAUGCCUCCCAUUGAAUAAAUAUAAAACAUAGGUAUUAGUUUCAUCUUCUGUCAGAAUCAGAGCAAAUUCUGAACCUAUUGGAAUAAGAAGACACAAUGUCCCUUGGGAAGGUGUUGCUGCAAUUCUCCUGGUGGGGAAAAUAUUGAAACUUCACACUGAAUAACACAUGGGACUUUUUCACGUGUACAGGACACUCAGGAGGGACUCUGGGGUUUCCAUGUAAUAGCUAUAAGCAGUGGGGGAGGCACACACCUGUAACUCUAGCACUCGGGGAGGCUGAGGCAGGUGGAUCGUGAAUUCAAGCCA